UUGCACAUGUCUACUCUAACCUUUAAUUUUAAUAUGAAUUGACGUGUCUUUAAGUGCCACAUACGAAAUUAAUGAAUUAAUGAUAACAUUUUAAUUACUUUUAUAUUACUUAUUAGGCAAAUUUGCAUAAUUAUUGAAAAAAUAUGUCAAAACGAAGUCAGCCUAAGUGGAUUCCCCCGUCCCCAUCUAAACAACCGGUACUUAAAUUAUACAAUAGUUUAACAAGACAGAAAGAAGUAUUUAUUCCGAAGAAUGGUCGACAAAUUACAUGGUACAGUUGUGGGCCCACAGUCUAUGAUAUUUCUCAUAUGGGGCAUGCAAGGUCUUAUAUCUCGUUUGAUAUUUUACGAAGGGUUUUAAGUCAAUAUUUCAAAUACGAUGUACUUUACGUGAUGAAUAUCACUGAUAUUGAUGAUAAAAUUAUUAAAAGAGCCCGUCAGCAGUAUUUAUUUAAUAAUUAUUUAGAAAAAUCGCAUUCGUUAGAGCAAGUUUUAAGUGAUGCCCAAGAAGUUUUAUCACAUUAUUCAUCGAUUAUUAAAGUGAAUACAGAUGCUGAUAAGAAAAUUAUGUUAGAAAAUAUGCUAUCUAGGUUAUCAAAUUGUAUUGACGAAUUACAGACAGCAGUUAAGAAAAAUGAUAAUGAGUUCAUAAAUGAUGCGAAAAAUAAAUUUUUAAAUGAAGCGAAAGAUCCAUUUUCUGAGUGGUUGGAUUUUAAAAAUGGCUCCACUGUUAAAGAUAAUUCAAUAUUUGUUGGAUUACCUAGGCAUUGGGAACAGGAAUUUCAUAAAGAUAUGGAUGCAUUAAAUAUAUUACGACCUAAUGUUUUAACGCGUGUUAGUGAAUAUAUCCCCGAAAUUAUUGCAUUUAUUCAAAAAAUUAUCGAAAACGGCUUUGGUUACGUAGCAAAUGGGUCUGUUUACUUUGAUGUAGCUGCAUUUGACAAAAGUGAUAAACACCACUACGCGAAAUUAGUACCCGAAGCUUAUGGAGAUACAUCGUCUCUUCUAGAUGGGGAAGGUGAUUUAAGUUGUGGCCAAACUAAUGAAAAAAAAUCCGCAAAUGAUUUUGCCUUGUGGAAAUGUAGUAAAGCUGGAGAACCGUCAUGGGAAUCUCCAUGGAGCUUAGGUAGACCUGGCUGGCAUAUUGAAUGUUCGGCUAUGGCUUCAGAAAUAUGUGGAGAUUCUUUGGAUAUUCAUACUGGUGGAGUUGAUUUAAAAUUUCCGCAUCAUGAUAAUGAAAUUGCUCAAAGUGAGGCAUAUUUUGGUCGUUCAGAUUGGGUGAAAUAUUUCCUACAUUCGGGUCAUUUAACAAUAGCUGGUUGUAAAAUGUCCAAAUCAUUAAAAAACUUUGUUACAAUACAAGAGGCCUUAAAAAAACAUACAAAUCGCCAAUUGCGACUAGCAUUUUUAUUACAUUCAUGGAAAGAUACUUUAGAUUAUAGUGAUAAUAUUAUGGAUAUGGCUGUACAAUAUGAACGUACUUUAAAUGAAUUUUUCUUGAAUAUUAAAUGUCUAACUCGAUCCAUGUGCGGGGAAACAACAUUGAAUAUGUUUACAAAAUGGGGGAAACCAGAAUUGGAUUUAUUAGGAAAGUUAAUAGAAGCAAAGGAUAAUGUUAAUGAAGCGUUAUGUGAUAACAUUGAUACUCGAACGGCGCUAGACGUAAUACGUGAAUUAGUUACGACUACAAAUAUAUAUUUACGUGAACGAAAACCACCAGCCUUUACUUUAUUGCAUGAUGUAGCCGAGUAUAUUACAUACAUUUUACAAAUAUUUGGAGCUGUGGAAAUUAAAACUGAACUUGGUUUCCCAGUAUCGAAAAAUAAAGUUGGUGAAAAUAUUGAAUGCGUGAUUCUUCCAUAUUUAACAAUUUUAUCUGAAUUCCGAGAUAAAAUUCGAACACAUGCAAGAGACAUUAAAGCUUUGGAUAUUCUUAAAGAAUGUGAUAAAUUAAGAGAUGAUAUAUUACCUAAUGUUGGCGUCCGUUUAGAAGAUAAAGAAGGUGAAUCCAGUUUAGUUAAAAUUGUUGAUCGAGAAACAUUAUUACGUGAACGUGAAUUAAAGAAAAAAUUGGAGAUGGAAAAAGCAGCCGAAAAAGAACGUAAAAAAGCUGAACAAUUAGCAAUACAACAGGCAAAAGAAGCUCAACGUAAAAUACCACCAACUGAAAUGUUUAAACACGAAACUGAUAAGUAUUCGAAAUUUGAUGCGAAUGGUUUACCCACGCAUGAUCAAGAGGGUAAAGAAUUAAGUAAAGGUUUAAUAAAAAAAUUACAAAAAUUACAAACUGCACAAGAAAAGAAAUACAAUGAAUAUUUAGCAACGUUAAAUUCAAAUUAAAUUGACGUGUGAAAUGAACAGUGUAUAAAUUGAAAAGAUACGCGUUUCUUGAAGUUUUCUUAUAUGGUCACUACAUCGCCAUUUAUCUAUUAUCUAAAUUUUUAACUUCUUUACUACAUAACAGGGUUAGGGGGCGCGGGUGCCAACUCCCUGAUGUGAUUUCAUCGUUGACUAACAUAAUUCAAAUUCAACAUAACUGAACUUUUGUGUAGUUAAAAUGGGUAUUGAUUAAUAUCGAUUUUGGCUGCGACAUUAUAUAUAAUUAAGAAAAUUUUAAUAAUUUUAAACGCGUUUGUUAAGCUUUCAUUUCAAAAUGCAGCAGAACAUUAAUGACAAAAAUUUGCUUACAUUAUUUAAUAUAUCAUUAGCCCGCUAACCAUCCAUCAGUGAUAAAAUCUUUAUUAAUAAAUACCCGACCGAAGUUGGCUACAAAUGGAAAACUUUUUUAUUAUAAGCUUUAGGAAAAAAAGUUAUUAUUUAUAAAAGUCUCUACUUUUAAAAAUAUUAACAUUAAGCUAUUAAUUUUUGGCAUCGAAUGUACAGGGUGGCAACUAAUUGAGAAAGUUCGAUAGAAAUGUUAAUGGUCGUUUAGAAAUGUAGACCAUUUUGAACAGAUAAUAAGGGAAAGGGUUCAAGAUAUCACUCUCGAAGUAUGUAGGAGUGUAUUUAAACAAUUUUGUAAAAGAACAAUUACAUGUAUGGAACACGAAGGUGUAUACGUUGAGGCAAAAACGAACUGAAGAUAACUAUUUAGGAAUGAAUUGUCAACGAUGGGAAAUUUUUGACCAUUUCACUUUUAAAUUAAUCGCACUAAUCGUGCGAUGUACUACGUCGUUAUCGUACUUAAAAUGUU